AUGAUUUUCCUUGAAACUUUGGAUCAAAUAGAUGUAGGUAUCACAGUGAAAGGUCAGAUUAUCAACAAUAUCCGUUAUGACGAUGACACUGUACUUAUUGCAUCUACAAUGGAAGAACUUCAGAUCCUUACAGAUAAAAUUCAAUCUGAUAGUUCAGCGUAUGGCUUCAGUAUCAACACCCGGAAAACCAAAUAUAUGACAGUUUGUAAAACACCACCUGCUAACCCUUCUCUACUAUGUAUCGGACAGCCUCUACAAAAAGUUAGCAAAUACUUACUAGCAAAUUUGGUAUGCUGGGUUGAUGAUACGUGA